GUAAACAAAGUUUGUUCAUUGUAUUGUACAAAUUUGUUUAGUGUUUGGGUGAAUUAAUUAUAAAAUUAACUAUUUAAUACAUAUCCACAAUGAAUAGUUCACGUUGUAAUGUUACGAUAAAAUAAUCAUAAUGUAAUGAUAGUUCAAUUUAUGUGUUUACUUUUUUAGAUCUUGAGAUUUACAAAUACAUCAUAAGUAAUCGCCAUUCGCAGUGUUAUUUACUUACUAUACAACAAAAUAUAGUAAAUAUUUAUCUCUGAACAUUAAACUCGAUUCACAUACAAUAUUCUAUCAAAAUGUUGGAUGCGGUUUGCAGAAUAUGCCUAGCCGUCGACGCACACGAUAACAUGUUAUCAUUAAUUCCUGUACAAGAUUUGUACGAGAAAAUAACUAAUAAUCGCUUACACCAUAACAACAUCUCAUUAUCAGCAUGCUAUGUUUGCUAUGCUCAGCUUAAGAGGUGCCACAAGUUUAUAACGAAAUCUGCAGUGGCUAAUGAUAUACUGUUUGAGUUGCUACAAAUGCAAUCUGAAAUCACACCAAAAUCAGUAUCCAAAGUGGAUCGCAAAGCCAGAGGUCUGAUCAGCCCACUGUCAAUGUCUCUGGUGACACACGAGGACUUCCCGUUCAAACCAGAGAUUGUCAUCAAAACUGAGCCGAUGCAGGAAGAGGUUGAGAUCAAAGUGGAGGUUGAAGAAUACAUGGCGGUAUCCGAUGGGGGAGGACGAGAUAAUUCGGGAGUAAACACUGAGGUGGAAUUUACAAAAGUUGAAGGUUAUGGAGGUUCAGGUUCCCCGAAUACUAGAAUCACUGAAGAAUCAGGUGAUCUACAAGUAGCAUUGUCUUUGGAAGCCAAUAUCGAAAUUGAUGAGGAAGCACCACACACAGGUACGGAAAAAAUAUUCAAAAUGGAAGAACGAGAAACGAACGUGACAAAUAAAAAGCUAUUAAAAAUACGCACUGGAAAAAGUCACGAAUGUACGAUUUGCCACAAGAGAUACAAUCAAAAUUCCAUACUGAGAAACCAUUUAAGAACGCACACUGGCGAGAAACCUUUCGAAUGUAACAUCUGCGACAGCGUUUUUGCUCAAGUCUCCUCACUAAAUAGACAUCUAAAGGCGCACAUUGGUGAGAAACCUUACGAAUGCGAUAUUUGUAAACGCAAAUUCUUACAAAAGAGCGAACUGAAAAAGCAUUCGCGUAUACAUACUGGUGAGAAACCUUAUAAAUGCGAGGUUUGUUAUAAAAGUUUUUCUCUUAAAGCACAUUUAAUCAGUCAUAUGAGGGGUCACACUGGUGAGAAACCUUAUCAAUGUAACAUUUGCAAUGCCAAGUACAAAGAGAGGAGCCACUUGAAGCGGCAUCUAAAGGUUCAUUCUGGUGAGAAACCAUUCGAAUGCAAUGUCUGUGCGCAGAGAUUCAGACGGAAAUGUAAUUUGAAAUCGCAUUUAAUGACACAUACUGGCGAGAAACCUUUUUCUUGCAACAUAUGUAAAAGGAGUUUCUGUAGGCCGAGCCGAUUGAAACUCCACAAGUGCAAGGAGAUACAUAACGUAACGUGAAGAGUACAGCAGCAAUAUGGUGUAAACAGCGUAUUUUGACAUUGACAGUCUUCCAAAUAGUGUUUUAAACUUUAGUACUUUGAAUACAUCUACAUAAAUUAUAUCAACGGGACCUUAGCACGAACCUUUUUUUAUUUAAUGUUCCUGACGUCUCAACGACGUUGUAGUCGCCGCGUUCGCAGCCAGACUGGAGUAAUUACGGUGUGAAGUGGCGGUGGCUAAUGCAGUUUUUCAACAAUCAUCACUACCCGUUAAUAUAAUUUAUGAAAUCAAAUCAUUUUUAUUUGCUUAAAUAGGGUAGGUGAUACAAUAUCCACAUAGUGGUUUAGAACAAGCCUAUUUAGCCGUUGUCAACGGCAAGCAAAUGUUAAUAAUAGCAUAUUUAAAAAACUAUACAAUGACAUCAGAUUAAAUCAAGAUAAAAUGUCACUUACAAUCUACAUGUAUGUGAAUUAAUGUCAUUGCAAGAGUUAUGUCUGCCAAUUGAUAAUUGGUUUGUAUUGGUGCUAAAGAAAUGUUUGAUACAAAGUAUAUCUCUUUAAUUUGCGACCCGACUUCUUGUAGGUAUAACUAUACCUCAUACCUAUGCUUAUACCUCGCAAUACAUAAAAGAGGACGGGCCACAGAUGAAAGAGAUAGCAAUAUAUGUACCUAGCAUCAAAAAGUGUUGGGUCGCAUAGGGGUUUACGUAGAGUAACUUACAUGCGUAAUGGUUUUAUAUCUGUGGUUAGGUACAUGCUGUUUACAUCAAAAAAUAUUUAUUAGACUAUAUAUUAGAAUUAUUAUUAAUAUAAAUGCGAAAGUUUAUGAGGAUGUAUGUUUGUUACUCUUUCACGCAAGAUCUACUGGACGGAUUGUUAUGAAAUUUGGUACACGUGUAGAAUAUAACCUGGAAUAACACAUGGGGAUGAAUAUUUAUCCCAAAACUCCCACGGGAGUCAAGCUCCGGGGCGCAGCUAGUACUUAAUAAUUUUACGCUCUUAGUUGUCGACCUCGGUGGCGCAGUGGUAAAGCGCUUGCCUCUGAACCUCUCUUGUCAUGAUGGAACCUUUUUCUGAUUGGCCCGGGUCUUGGAUGUUUAUCUAUAUACGUAUUUGUUAUAAAAUAUAGUAUCGUUGAGUUAGUAUCCCAUAACACAAGUCUCGAACUUACUUUGGGGCUAGCUCAAUCUUUGUGAUUUGUCCUAAUAUAUUUAUUUAGUAAUAAUUUCUUUUUACAAAAUAAUUUUAUUUGUUAAUGUGUAAUUAUUAAAAUUAAAAUGAUAAAAUACGUUUAAGUAAGAAUAAGAAUAAAUAUCAAUAUUUAUCAAUGUUU